AUGACCGAAAAACAAGCUACAAAUGCCUUGGGAAUUUCACCCCCGCUGAUAAAUUCAGCUAAUCCUUGGGCAACAAGUAAAGGCGACCUCCUUGCCCUUUACAGUAGUCCUCAUACAGGUGCUGUUACCGUCAGAACGUCACUUCUCAAUCCAUUUCCACAUGCUUCACAGCUCCACCAAUACACAUUUUUUGAUCCUAAAUCUAACUCAACCUGCGCUUCAAUUUCUGAAGGCCGAAGUAAUAUCAUUCCAGGCGAGACAAAUAGCCUAAACACACUCGGUUACUCACCCAUAUCUCUGGACUCAUAUUUGGAUAUCGUUCUUGAACUUGCAAAGGAUGAAAGUUUUCAGCUUCUUACUCCCAAACCAUGGAUAAUUUCCGUUACUGGUUCAGCUGAAGAAGUUGCCGAAUGCUAUAGGCAUGUUUUACGACAACAUGGAAAAGCCAAUCUCAACCUCAUGAUGGAAAUCAACCUUUCAUGUCCAAAUAUUGUGGGAAAGCCACCUCCUGCUUAUAACGAGGAAGCUAUGGCCUCAUAUAUAAAGGUCAUAAGAGGUGUAAAAGCCGAGGCGCCCAACAGCAUUCACGUAGGCAUCAAAACCCCACCUUACACAUAUUCCGAGCAAUUUAGGAACUUGAUUUCUGCAUUGGAAUCUGGAGCCUCGCUUGAUGGAGGAAUUCCCAUAUCAUUUAUCACAGCAACCAAUACUCUUGGCUCAUGUUUGGUAAUUGAUGAAUCCGGAAACCCUGUACUAGGUUCUUCGAGUGGCGAAGGUAUUGGUGGAAUGGCUGGUGAUGCAUUACAUCCAAUCGCAUUAGGAAAUGUUAGGACAAUCCGAAAAAUGUUGGAUGCGUCGCCCAUCAAGGGUGUAAGGAACAUGGAGAUAAUUGGUGUUGGAGGAGUGAAGGACAGUCCUAGUUUUACCAGAAUGCGUAUUGUUGGUGCGUCGAUAGUGGGUGUGGGGACGGCAUUGGGUAGAGAGGGCGUAGGUAUCUUUGAGCAGAUCCUUUCUGGGUUGAAGGAAGAAGUUUUGACAUAA